ACCUUACGGCAUUUACAUCGGGAUCGAAAAACAGAUUUCUUGUGAUCGCAGUGCAGUUCCAAACAAAAUACAUUGGACUAGAAAAAAAAAAAAGUUUAAAUGCGAUGAAAUGGCUACAGCAGACUGGAACCCACUCGGUGAAAUAUACUACAAAAAAUGUGAGGUGUAUUCUAUGGGAUGGAGCGAUAUGGUUGACAUAAGUAAAUUUGAAGUUUCUGCUGCACCAUACGGUGGUCCAAUAGCUCUGUUGAAAGAUGAAUCUAAGACAGCUCGAGUUCAAGUGUCAACAAAGCCAAUUAUUACUGUGUUUACAGCUGCUGGAAAACAGAUAAGUCAAAUGAGGUGGAACAGUGGCAGUAUCCACAAGAUGGGUUGGUCCCACACCGAGGACCUGUUGUUUGUACAGGAUGACGGGGUGGUGCUGGUUUAUGACAUGUUCCUCACUUUUAAAAAGACAUUUGGGAUGGGCCAGGAAGCCAAAGAUGUAAAAGUUAUUGACUGUAAGAUAUUUAGCAGCUACCAAGGAACAGGAAUUGCAGUUUUGACCAGCACCUACAGAGUGUUCAUUAUAAACAGUGUGGACGACCCAAGAAUCAGGCGACUGGCUGAGGUGCCAGGUCUGUCAUCUGCUCCUAGCAGCUGGGCAGUGAUCAACUUGGAUCGGCAAUCCCGUGCAUUGAUUGCCAAAGGGAGUGAAUUGUGCUUGAUUGACCAAGGGGGACAAUACCAAGUGCAGACACCAGAUGUCUCCACAGAAGUGACCCAGUUUCUGGCCAUGUCCUUGUCCUUCAACAACCGCUGCCUUGCCAUGUUUACAGACAAAGGGGUCAUUUGGAUAGGGUCAUCAGACUUGCAGAAAAAAUAUUGUGAAUUCAACACCAAAUCUCCAACACCUCCACAGCAACUCUCAUGGUGUGGAGCGGGGGCAGUGGUAGGUCUCUGGGGUAACAUGAUGCUGGUUGUUGGCCCCGACAAAGACUGGAUCAACUUCAACUUUGACAACCCUGUGCAUCUUGUUGAGGAGGAAGAUGGAUUACGAAUUAUUGGGAAAUACCAGCACGAGUUUCUUUAUAAAGUCCCUGAGGUAACGGAGAAGAUCUUUAAGAUCGGCUCUAUGGAACCAGGAGCUAUGUUGUUUGAAGCCUCAAAGGAAUUCUAUAAAGGAAGUCAGAAGGCAGAUGAGUACAUUAGGAUCAUUAAGGACAAGCUGGAGAUAGCAGUCAGUCAAUGUAUAGAGGCGGCAGGGCAUGAGAUAGACCCAGCCAAACAGAAGCCUCUCCUCAGGGCCGCUGCCUUUGGUAAGUGUUUCCUGACUGACUAUAACCCUGAGGCCUACGUCAACAUGUGUCAGAUGCUGAGGGUGCUAAACCAGGUCAGGAACCAUGUGAUCGGAAUCCCCCUCACCUACUCCCAAUUGCAGCAUUUAUCCAUGCCAAUACUGAUCGAUCGACUUGUCCUUAGAAAGUUGUUUUAUUAUGCUGUAAAAAUCUGCCAGUAUUUGAAGAUUGCAGAUGCGGAAGGGGCCAGUAGAAUAUUGGCACAUUGGGCAUGUUACAAGGUACAGCAGAAGAAUGAAGAUGAUGAGACAAUAGCCAGAGCCAUUAACCAGAAGUUAGGAGAUACUCCGGGGAUAUCGUACUCGGACAUCGCUAACCACGCCCUAGAGGAGGGCCGUCCUGACCUUGCUACAAGGCUAUUAGAUUUUGAGCCCCGAGCUGGACAGCAGGUGCCCCUUUUGAUGAAGAUGCACAAGGACAACAUUGCUUUGUCCAAAGCCAUAGAGAGUGGAGACACAGAUCUAGUUUACACAGUGCUGCUGCAUUUGAAGGAAUCCAUGAAUCAGGGAGAAUUCUUCAUGGCCAUCAGGAACAUGCCAAUAGCUUACGCACUCUUCAUACAGUACUGUAGACAACAAAACAGGAAGCUGAUGGAAGAUCUUUUCUACCAGGAAGAUAACUUUCAGGAGGAAGGAACUUGUAAAGUUGUCAACAGCUUCAAUGAGGAUAGGAUGGAGGACAGAAUAGAGGAACUCAAACUUGCCCAAGCCUGUUUCACAAAGGCCAAGAAUGAAUUUGCUAAGGUGCAAACAGAGGAGCAGAUUAAAUUACUGAAGUAUCAGCAGAGGUUGGAGGAAGAAAUGAACAGACCUUAUCUGAAUUUGUCCCUCCAUCAGACCAUUUACCGCCUCACCCUGGCAAACAACCACAAAGUCGCUGAACAACUAAGGAAAGAAUUCAAAGUUCCAGACAGAAGAUUCUGGUGGUUGAAGAUAAAUGCCUUGGGAGAGUGUGGAGACUGGGUGGAGCUGGAGAGGUUCUCCAAGGGCAAAAAGGCACCUGUUGGAAUGGAGGCAUUUGUAGAAGUGUGUGCAAAACAUGGGAACAUGAAGGAAGCUAUGAAAUAUCUAGUUAAAGUGUCUCCAGAGCAGAAAGUCAAAUGCUUAGUGAAAGUAGGGGAAAGAAAAAAGGCAGCAGAAACAGCAUUUGAAAAUAAAAAUGAGGAAGAACUGAGUUAUGUGUUAUCCAAGUGUGGACCAAGUGAUAAACAACUGGUGGACACAAUACGAGGUAUGAAACAGCAGCUGUCCAGGAGAUGAUGCAGCAAACAGAGGAAUUGUGGGUGAUUUUGUGUACGAAUAUGACCACUGGUUAUGACCGAGUCAAGUGCAAUACACGUUCUCCUGUUGUAGAUUUUAUCAUUUUGUUAUGUCUGUGUAAAGCUUUUGAUGUUGUUAUAAUUAUAGCAAUUUUCAUAAUUAUUGGAGAAAUAAAUCUAUUAUUACUGAAA